AUGGACCUAUUUGGGGCGCUCACAGCUGGCGGUGCGCGCUUUGAUAAGAAGCGCUUUGGAAACGAUAUGGCUCUUUUCCGCGAGGGAAAGGCACGCGAAGAGGCCGCGCAGGAAGCGCCCUCCGCGUCAGCGUCGGCGGCGCUACCGGCCGCUCUUGACUUUUUCGGGAGUCACAAGGCAGAGCGCGCACAGCACGAGGCCGAGACACUGGCGGCGCCGGAGCCCAGUCGUGAUGUUCGUGCGCCGCUCACGCGCUCCGACCUUCCUGCGUUCCUGCGUACGCAUCAGCUCAAGCUGACUGGCACGGAUGUGCCGUUGCCACUGGCGUCGUGGGACGACCUCGAGACGCGCUGGGGCGCCGAGUCGUGGCUCCUCGAGAACUUGCGUGCGGGCCCGUGGACCGAGCCGACGCCUAUCCAGCGCGGCGCCAUCAGUGUCAUGCUGGAGCGGCGCGACUUGCUGGCCGGCGCGCCCACGGGUUCAGGCAAGACGCUGGCGUUUGUGCUGCCCAUCCUUCAGCUGCUGCGGCGUCCGUCUAAGCACGGCCUGCGCGCCGUUGUUGUAAGCCCGACGCGUGAGCUUGCGCGCCAGAUCUACGAGCAGGUCCAGCGGCUCGCGCACGGCCAGGCGCUCCGCACGUGUCUGCUCGCGCAGGGAACCAAGGUGCCAACGCGGCCCUCGGACCUGCUCAUUACCACGCCACUGCGUCUUGUGCAUGCGGUACAGCACCGCGAGCUCGAUCUCACGCAUGUGGAACUGCUGGUGCUCGACGAGGCGGACCGCCUGCUCGAGGAAGGCUUCCUCGCGCAGACCGACGAGAUUCUCGCGGCGUGCACGCAUCCGAACCUGCGCAAGGCAUUGUUUAGUGCGACGCUGCCAGCAGGCGUCGAAGAACUGGCUAAGACGUUCAUGGUCGACGAGUGCCGCGUGCUGGUCGGUGCCAAGGACAGCGCGACGGACACGAUCGAGCAGCGGCUCGAAUUUUGCGGCUCCGAAGACGGCAAGCUGCAUGCACUGCGCUCCCUCAUCCAGUCAGGCGGCCUGCAGCCGCCCGUUCUGCUGUUUGUGCAGUCGAUUCAGCGUGCGCGCGAGCUCUUCCACGAGCUCGUGUACGAUGGUCUCCAUGUGGACGUGAUUCACAGCGAGCGCCCCAAGGCGCAGCGGGAGGCGGUCGUGCGCGCGUUCCGCCGCGGCGACAUUUGGGUGCUCAUCUGCACUGAGCUCAUGGCGCGAGGUAUCGACUUCCGCGGCGUCCAGCUGGUGAUCAACUACGAUGUUCCGCAAUCGGUGCAGAGCUACAUCCACCGCAUCGGCCGCACGGGCCGUGCGGGCCAGCGGGGCCAGGCGCUCACAUUCUUUACCAAGGACGACGCGCCGUACCUCAAGUCGAUCGUCAACGUCAUGCGGCAGUCGGGCUGCGAAGUGCCGGCAUGGAUGCUCAAGCUGCCCAAGCCGUCCAAGAUGCUCAAAAAGCAGCUGCGUCGCAAGCCUGUCGAGCGCAAGGACGUGCGAGCAGCCAAGCAAGCGCCGCCAGCGUGA